AUGAAAGCAAUCCAACGAAGAGAGCAAAGUGAAUUCAGUCAAGGGGGGGGACAUGCGCCGCCUUUGACUGAAGAUCUUGUGCCUAUCCAGCUCUCAAUGGCAAUCACAGCUAGUGAGAGGGCUGACCUGAUCGCAUCGAUCCUCUCCAAGUCUUCUGCCCCGCGCCUCAGCCUUCAGGCCAACGAAUUUCGCGGUGGCCCAGAUGCAAACUCCAAAAACGCAUUUCGGAAGAGUCUAUUAAGAGAACUGAGAAAGGGCUGGGCGAAUGAAACUACAGAGGCCCACUUCAUCAGGCUUGUUGAAAUUCUUCAGCGCGACGGGUGCGCUGUGUUUGCUGGAUUGAUCGACGCCGCCGCCUUCCAGAAGCUCAUUGACGACUUCACCGACAUAAUGAGUGGCUCAGGAACCCAUGCGUUCCUUCAUUCCUUCUCCAACCUUAUUGCGCACCCUGAAUUUCUGAAAAAUCCGGCGUAUAACGAUGCUGUCAUUCAUCCCCUUCUCAUCAGCCUGCUGUCUUAUGCCAUGGGCGGUCCAGUCCGAAUGACCGAUGCCCGUGGCAAGGACACCCAGCCAAUCUCAGUCAACGCCCAAGACAACAUGCUCCAUGUCGAUAACUCCCCAUUUGUAGAGGAGUAUAAGAUCCUUCUCGGCUGGGAGAAAGGCCAGGUGAAAGGCCCCGCUGGUCAGAACUUUACCUAUCUGCCUGGAACGCAAAAGGGGAACCGCUUCGUGCGGGUGAAUGACCAAUCCCAGCCUUGGUCAACAGAAAAUGAUAGUCUGUUUAUAACAAACGAGAGCAUCGCUUCUGUUUUCGAGUUCCAGCAAGCUAUUACCGGGCGGGAACCAACAGUGAUCGAAGUGGAAUAUCCCGAUCAGCCAAUUACUGUGGUCUUCAACGCAGGCUCUUUGGUACACCAUCGAUAUCGCAACAAGGCUGGAAACACUAGAAGUUGCGUCAUCACUGCCUUCCAUCUUUCUUCAGAUCAUCCAGGCGCACUUGUGGGCUCAUCUAUUGAUGACAGCCCCGGAUCUGUCGCAGAUAUUCUCUUGGGCCAUCAGGAUGGUGCCCAAGAUGGGGCAUUCUGCUCCCUAAUUGGUGCUCAAGCAUCAGUCAUCGAAGUCAAGAUAUCGGAUAUGCUCAACGAUGACCAUCAUUCAGUCUUGGUAGAUGCGGUGGACUUCUCCCUGUCCGGUGAGCGUCUUAGCCUCUGGCGGGAAAUUGUGGUCAACGCCCCUUUCUCGACUCAGCUGAAGUUCAAGGAGGGCAACUAUAUUUCCUUCGCAGACAAUCUGAUCUGCCGGUCCCUCUUGAUCGAGAAACUUGCUAGCGCUAUGGCUUACGACAAACACGGUCUUUUGGAUCUCAUUAUAUACAAAGAUGGCCACGAAGAGAUACGAAAGCUAGCGCGAAAGGGUGUCUGGACUAUGUCGAAGGAAAUGCUCUUGCAGGCUUUGGUCGCAUGGUUACCGGCUGUGGAGGCGCACAAAUUCUCACCAGAAGACGUGCUGGAACCAAAGAUCCUUCAACACCAAGCCAGCAAGAUAGCCAGCCUGGUGCGACAGGGGUUUCCCAAACUUGAUUUUGGUGCUGCGACUGGCACCAAGGAACAGCAACAAUUGGUCUCGACUCAUCAGCUCGUUAUCGAUCUGGGUGAAUCCAUCACACGCUGUGAAAAGGUUGAGACAUAUGUGACCACGAAUCUCUUUCUAUUCUUGGCAAUCUCUCAGGCAAUCCCAUUGCUUGAACUGUCUUUGGGGCAGAUCGUUGCCGCGCUUUCCGUCGAUUUCUUGAGGGCGUACAUUGCUUGCGUCCUGGUGAUCGAGAAGGAAGCUAAUGUCUAA